UGGCUAGCGGUGGAUAUUUAUCGAGCCUCGAAGCGGCGAGGUAAAUUUCUCCCGCUAGCCACUUCCACUUUGGUGAAUAAUUCUCAAUUAUGAGGGAAAAUCAGUAAAAGUUUUCCUCUGUUUUCUCUGCGUAAGGAAUCAGGUUGCGUUGAUAGCAUGGCAUACGAUUUUAGAAAAUGCUUUGCAAUCUCUGCGCAGAAUUAAAACGGUAAAGGGGUCGAAGGCCAACAUGUGGCGUAAUUUCGGAAAAGUAGUGAUCCGCGGACCUGAU